UCUCUCGACUCGGCCAAGGGGAAAGGCAAAAAGGAAGCCCAAAGAAGAAUAAAAAGGCAGAGAAAAAUUAGGCAAAUAGAAUCACACCAAAUUUAACUCCUAUUAAGAAACCAAAGAAGCUCAAGCGUCAAGAUCGGGUCUAGGGUUUCCCUAUCUAUCUUCGGAAUCAACCUGGCCUCCUCGAAUCUCUCAGGUCUCUCUCGUAAACCCUAAAGAAAGCAAAGCUAGCGAUUGUUUAAUCUCAUUCCAGGCCUGUAGGUGAUUCUUGCGGCGGAUUGGGCGCUGGUUUGUGUAGAGAGGGUGGUGAUUUGAAACGUUGGCAUUUAAUUGGUUAAAGAGCUCAAAUGCCGGAGGAGGACCUGGUUGAGCUCAAGUUCCGAAUCUACGAUGGAUCAGAUAUUGGCCCCUUCCGCUACUCGCCGGCCUCAACCGUCGCGAUGGUCAAGGAGAGAAUCGUGGCUGACUGGCCAAAAGAUAAGAAAAUUGUGCCGAAGGGAGCAAAUGACAUAAAACUGAUAAAUGCUGGGAAAGUAUUGGAAAACAACAAGACUGUUGGCCAGUGUAGAGUACCUUUUGGUGAGCUUCCAAGAGGGGUUAUCACCAUGCAUGCUGUUGUACAGCCAUCUUUAGCAAAAGCAAAGACAGAAAAGAAGGUUGAUGAGGCCCCAAGGAAAAAUAUUUGUUCGUGUUCCAUAUUGUAAGCGUUAAGCUUGUGAGGCUGCCUUGGGGAUCUUGGGACCUCCUAGGCCACGAAGAAGAGUAGCCGCUGGAAAGACAAUAAUUUGUGACGGUCCCAUCCCUCAUUGUUACAUGUUUGUUGGAAGGCAUUCUUGUGUAGCAGUGCCUGUCGGUGAUGAUGUAUUUGCAUUUUAUAAAAAUGGGUGUUUGAUGUAUUUCGGUAGCUUCUGUAUUACAUAUUAUUCAAUUAACAUAUAUAAAAGCCUU